AUGCCCACUAUGACCGACAAAGAGACUGGGCUCCCAGUGGUUCCUCUGUGGAUCAACGGAGAGCUUGUCACGUCUGCAGAGGCUGGGACUUUCCCCGUAUUCUCGGCGGCGCAAAACAAGGAUGUUUACCUGGCACAGAGUGCCGAUGCAGGCCUGGCUGCGAAAGCUGCCGAGUCGGCUGAAUCAGCCUUUCAACAAUGGUCAAACACGCCUGCAGCGUCGAGACGCGACAUAAUCAAUCGAAUGAAGGACCUCCUCACGGAGAGGAAGCAAGAACUGAUCGCAGUGCAGGCGGAGGAGACCAGUUGCUCUCUCUCUUGGGCCGAGUUUAACAUCCCAUAUACGACGUCAACCUUGGCCGAAAUUGCUGCCAGGGUCACCACGGCCUGUGCAGGCGAGCUGCCUGCAAUUUCAACACAGGGAGUGAUGGGUUUCGUGUUCAAGGAAUCGAUCGGUCCAGUCUUGUUGAUCGCUCCAUGGAAUGCCGGUGUGGUUCUGGCCACCAAGAGUCUUGCAUCGAUUCUAGGGGCUGGCUGUAGUGUGGUGUUCAAAGCUUCCGAGCUUUGUCCAAGGACUCAUCAUCUAUUAGUGGAGCUCUGGAUAGAAGCUGGCGUUCCUCCAGGAGUAAUCAACGUUGUCCAGUGCCGACGCGAAGACUCUCCGGCGCUGACGGAAGCCUUGAUCUCACACAAAGCCAUCAGGAAAGUCGAAUUUAUAGGUAGUGCUUCGGUGGGAAGAAUCAUCGCAUCGCUGAGCGGCAAAUAUCUCAAACCGGUCUUGAUGGAGCUGGGAGGGAAGUGCCCGUCGAUCGUUCUCGAUGACCUUAACGAUGCGCAGCUCGAAGAAGCGGCAACCAAGACAAUAAGAUACGCUUUCAUGAAUCAUGGCCAAGUGUGCUUCUCUUGUGAGCGCAUCAUCGUCCAGAGGAAAAUCUCGGACAGAUUCAUCCAAUUGCUGAAGCAGAAAGCGCUCGAUUUCCCGCAGGCUCAAGGCGCCAACACGCGGAUCGUGAGCAAUGCGUAUAAUAUGCUGGUGGACGCCGAGGCCAAAGGUGCCAGGUUCAUUCUGGGCAAACCAGAGUAUCUGAACGAAACCACUUUGGCGCCGACGCUCCUGACCGAUGUGACCAAAGAGAUGACCAUCUAUGACGAGGAAUCUUUCGGUCCGUCUGCGACCAUUAGAAUCGUGGAAGAUGAUGACGAGGCCAUCCGAGUUGCCAACGAGACGAGCUAUGGCCUGGAUGCCUUUGUUCACACGAGAGAUCUGAAGCGUGCACUCAGCAUGGCUCGUCGCCUCGAGGUUGGAAAACUGCGCGUCAACGGCACCACACAUGAAGGCAAGUUCCAAGAUUGCACCAUAUUCCUACACUGA